AUGAGUCACGAUUCAAAUGUUCUUCUUCUAUCCUAUCGACGAAUAUCCGAUGCUGUCUUUCUUAUUCUUCAACAGCGUAAUCAUUUAACUCUUAUUCGAGCUCUAUUAAGAAAUAAUGAUGCCAGAAAUUUACUUGACGAAAAAUUACCCUAUUGGUUUUUACCCUAUGGUGCAAAAAUUGAUUUUGUUCGUGAACCAUUCUUUCGACAACUAUUGAUAGCUGCCUGUCUUACUUCAAUACGAGAAUUACUUCGACAAACACGUAUUCGUGUUUCACGCAACAAAGCUCGAAAUAUGUUUGGUAUUAUAGAUGAGUACAAUGUGUUAAAACUGGAUGAAGUUUUUAUUCAACACACUCGACUUAAUGAUCAUGAAGAUAAAGACACUAAUAACAAAGGUGAAAAGACAUCAAUUCUUCAUAAUUGUAAGGUUGUUGUCACAAAAAAUCCUUGUUAUCAUCCGGGAGAUAUUCGAACAUUUACUGUUGUCAAUCACGAAGAAUUAAAACAUCUCAAAGACGUCAUUGUCUUUUCUCAGCAAGAUGAUUGCCCAGCAUCACAUCAAAUUAGUGGAUCUGAUCUUGACGAUGGAUUUCAAAAGUAUUUUAGAAUAGAAUUAAAAAAAAUUUGA